AUAAUUCAACGGUAUCUCAAGAGAGCCAAAUGGAUUGCUGUUUGGUCAAUGAAAUCUUUUCAUCUGAAAUGAUUAUGGACCUUACGUAAAGAUCAGAAUUCGCCAUGGACCGAUUGUCGUUAUCAAGACGUCCAAAAAUAGCAGAGAAGGAGAAAUGUCUACCGGCAGGGGAUGGACUACCAUCAUGGACAACUCUACCGCUCGAUGCCAAGUUUCCGAUGGUCCCAAAUCCAAAAGGGUCGAUGGUGUUUUGCUCCACCAAUCUAUGUGAAACGAAACACAAAUCCUCGCGCCACUAUGACUUUGACCUCAGUGACCCCUACUGUCACGUGUUCUCUAACGACUACCAUCCACUUCAUGAUCGCCACCUCCGGAACCACUUCAGCCAGCCCCAGAUGCGGCGUCAUUUGCUGAAGAACGAUUUCCUAACGGAUGACAACAAGGUCGUGUGUACCCUAAAGGAAUUCAACAGGUACCGACAAUACCUCCGGAGGGUCUGUCUCAUGGAACUGGCCAGGGAGCAGAAAAUAGAGAAUGAAAACUAUCUAAACUCUCAAAAGGACACCACCGAUAGCACCGAGGAGACGCCGACCGACAUACGUGUCCGGCAGGUUCAGGAGAAUCUAGAAAAGCAAAGAACAAUGACAAGACAGAGGAUCGAGCAGUUGUUACAAGAUAAGGCAAACCGAUUGCAGCGCCGCCUGGGAGAAAUGCAAGAAGCGAACACGAGGCGAGAUCUAAUGCGUCAACAGGACGAGAGCAAACGUCAGGCAGCCAUCGCAGAACAUCACUUAGAGGAGAAGAAACGCACUCGAAGACUAAUGCAGCGAUGGAAACUACGUGAGCGACAACAUACAACACGCAUGGACGAAAAGAAGAAGCAACGAGUGUUCGACCAGAAAAAGAAGAGCUUCGAAAUGUGGGAAACCCGCAAACAAAUACAGAGGGAACGUAUUGAGCGAGAGGCAGAAAUCCUUCGACGUGAGAAUGAACGUCGGGAUAGAAAUAUUUCUUUGAGGGAACGUCUGCUCGCGGAACAACGUAAUCGAAUUGCAGCACAACUAAAUUCCAUGAAGGAUACAAUGCGGAGACAAAAGGCGGAACGCGAGGAACGGUGUGCCCGCCGCCUUGAAAAGAAACUUGCUCUGGCUGAGCUCAGAGCUUGGGCGCGGCACCAGGGCAAGAGAAGGCGAGCACGACGAACCAGAUUCAGAAGUAUGUGGAACUUGGGAGAUACCAUGAACAGACUUAUCUUAGGUGAUGAUGAUAACGACCUUCUCCAAGAUAGAACAUCCGCCUCUAGUUUCCUGCAGAUGCUCAACGAGGCUGUGGACGAUCUGCACGAAUCUCCGGAAGAGUUAUUCGGAAAAGAAUCGAAAGGAGCCAGGGAAGAGGACGAUUUCCUCAUCAGGGAACAGGCGAGGCAAAUAGUGGAUUCGGUCAUCACCAAAGUUACCACGGAGCUUUAUCCCGAAUAUCUGCGCUCAAUGGAACAAGAAACACAGGGAGGUGGGAAAUCACAGGGAAAAGCCGUCAAGUUUGGAUGUGAGCGAAUUAUAACCACCUACCCACGUCCAUCCGUCGACGCAGAUAAUCUUCGUCCUGUCGAGGAACAUGUUCUGACACCUGUGCCCUCCACGAAUUUGAUUUCGCCAUCACUCGGAGGCAACGAAGAUUCGGACCACGUGAUCGUAGCAAAAAUCUUAAAUCGCCUUCUUGUCGACCUAAACGACAAAAAGCUUUCCAAAGAGGAGCUUGUUAAAUUGACAUCGUACUCGUUGCAAAUACUCAGCUCGACAGAUCAAUCUUCGCCAAAUGAUGAUCUAGCUGAACUAGAGACUGGAGAAUUGUACGAAAGCGCUGUUGCCGACGAUCUGGUACAUUUUACAAUCAGCAAGAUCGCAGACGAAGUGAAAUCAGGUCAGGUGAGUAGCGAGGAGUUGACGGGAUUGGCACUGUCGGCUUGGGAUAUGUGUUACCCGUCUUCUACAGAGGACGGGGUCGUGGACACGCUUAUAGAUGACACUAUACAACAAAUCAUAUCUGACAAGAGUUUCGACAGGAUUUCCUCCGUCCACGACUUCAUGCUAGAUGAGUUUAUUGUGAAGACGCUGAAUGAAGUGAGCAACGAUCUCCAGUCUGGAAAUUUGCCAAUGGGUGUGAUAUCACAGAUUCUUGAGCAGAUGUCGGAGGUGGUGGACGAUAUUCCUGUUGGUGACGCCGACGACAAACCUGAUAUGUUCAGGCGUUUGUUGGUACGGGUGACUGAAGAUGUCUUGUCUGAAUGCAGCGACACGCUAUAUAAAGUCGUUAACGUCAUCAUUACGUCAUAUCACACAUACAGAGAAUCAUCAACACAAGCGCUUUCGGAGUUGGUGGCUGACACAUGCGGACGUAUCUCUAUUUAUCUGAAUACAGGAGAGGCCAAUGAUUCAGAUAUCAACUUCGAAACAUUAUGUGGCAUUGCAAUCAAAAUAUGUCCAACGGCAUUAUCCUCACAACAAGUUUGCGAGUUGGCAACUAGCAUCGCAAACAUUCUUCAGAUUCAGACCAAUGGGCAGAACGUGGAUGUAGAUAACAUUAUACAGCUGUCGAGAGGUCUUAUACGCAGAGCCGGUGUUGGUAGUCUUUUAAGAAUAGCUCGCGUCAUUUUAGAUUCGUGUCAAAGUAUCGUUGAUACAGUGGAAGCAGAGGAAGAGAAAAUAGAAGGGGAAAACAAACAAGUUUUCCUGGAGGACGUUACCAACUUUGUAGUCGACAUCCUGAAGUUGGUAUCAAGAAGUAUUGAUAGAGGCAACUUUACCGAGACUGAUAUACAGGAAAUGACGGAGCUUCUUCAACACGUAAGUCGAGGCAAUUCAUUAGCCCCUACGCCAGAACCGGACAAGAAAGUUCUUCUUGUCAAUACAUUGGCUUCUAUACUUGAUGACGUGGAGAAGGGCCGAUUGAGUGCGGAGGAAAUGCAAGAACUAGGAAAUCAUCUCAGAUCUUGCGGAGAGCGACUCUUAGGUUCGUCACCUAUCGGAGAAAAGACGAGUCGUGUGGCUUCCUUUACUAGUACUGCUGUGGCAGAGAAUGUUGUCUCCCAUGUAUUGUCUUCCAUUCAAAAUGACAUUGAUAGAGACGUGAUGAACACGGAAUCCCUUAAAGAGCUCGCAGUGUGCAUACUCAGGACGAGAACGUCCAAGGACAAGCUGGAUAUAGACAGUGAUGAAUGCUUAGUAAAGGCAGUGCGCUCCAGUCAUACUCAUCCGUCCCCCUGUGAGUCCAGACUGGCAGAAGAUGUCGUCUUUGCAACGAUUGACAGCAUUGUCAAUGACUUGAAUGAAGGCAAACUGUAUCCCGACAGAAUAACGUCAUUAGCUUCGUCGGUAAUAUCAUCCAUGGCUAUUGGAUUUGUUAAAGCUGAAGAUUUGGACAGACUGGAUCAUACAAUGAACAAAAUAUUGGACUGUCUCCGUGAAGACACCAUUGACAGAGAAGAAGCAAAGAGAAUGUUUAUCACGAUACUGGAUCAGUACAAAACUAACUGGAGCACAAUGCCACAGGUCCAAGAUGUGUCAGUCAUGUCAUCUUCAUCUCAAAUAGCAGAAUCUAUAAUUCGUGCAACGCUGAAAAAAAUCAAACGAGAUAUACGGAGUGGAGCAUAUACUGACGCCGAACUACUGUCAUUAAUGGGGAGCAUAUGCGACGAUGAAGACCCUGCAGCUGCUGAUGAUAUUGUCAACCUGAUAUCUGCUACUAUCCAAGAAAUACGACAAUCUAUAGAAUCAGAAACAAUAUCGCUCGAGGCUCUGUCAAACUUCCUGUCUCUCUUCAAAUCACAGAAGCAAACAAAACCAGAAGACCUAACGAUGGAAAUAGCAAAGAGUAAGUGCCAAGAAGCCACAAGGGAUAUUGCUCGAUAUGGAGGAAGAAGUGUUUAUAUAAAAGACGUCCUCAAAUGUAUCGCCACCAGCAAAAAAGAUUCAAAUACGGGACCAGUGGCUGUCUUACAAGGUCUACUACAGGUAAUUGAUUCCAACAUUUUGACAAAUUUCAUUCGUGUCACUCUCCAGAGAGUUUUGUCAGACAUUGGUAGCACAGACAGAAACGGUAAACCUCAACAACAGAUGUGUGUCAGAUCGGAUGCACACCUGCAGUCUGUGACGUCACUUAUAGCUCACAACGUGGUAAGAAACUUGAUGGCCAGGAUCGAUCACACGCUUGUAGUGCAAGGAAAGUUAUCGUCGGAUGACGAGCUUCUACCAGUCACGCUUAACUCGAACGAUUAUGACUACAUAUACAGCCUUUACGAAAACGAACCAGACACGUGCGUAUCUUACUCCCCGAAUGAGAUCGGAGGACUGAUCCUUGAUACACUCAAUAAUAUUGUUUCCAACUUUCGUCUCGAAAGGUCAAUGUCACCGUCAGUCGAAAAGGUAUCGUCUGACAUUUUGCACGAUUUUGUUUUGGAAAAACUCCAAGGCAUUGUUGAAGGCAUGCAAGAUCAGAUGACACUGGGCCAGCAAUGGCAAUACAAUGGAUCAGGGGAGCUGGGGACGCAGGAUUCCAAGUCGAAAGUUGCAUCUUUCCUGGAUAUGAAUGACAAACAAGCUACCUGUUUUGUAGCUGAGAUCUUGCAAGACGUCGUACACGAUAUGUCUUCAGAAGUUUCAGCUGCCCCACGUCAAUACAGUAAGGACGGCAUUGUCGAUGCACAAACAUCAACCUUGACUUUGGAGGUGGAAAAUAUUGUUGUAGCAACACUUCAAGAUAUUGUUGAUGACUUCACCGAUACCGAACGAGAGUUCUCACAGAAAAUAAAACAAGAGAUUACAAAAAGGAAAACAUUGGAUACUUUGGUGCAGAUAAAACGAGAUGUGGUGGAAGGCCAGGACACCGUUUUGAAGGAAGAAGUGUUGCGUAUCAUAAAAUCUUCGGUGAAACCUGGUCCAAAUGAACCAGAAACCGACUUCGUUGAAAAUACAAUAAAUUCAAUUAUCAGCAACAUUGAAGUUGACAACAUAAAGGCGUCAGAUUUAUACCAAUUAGAACCACUAGAAGAGGCAGGUGACAAAGGUAAUAUCGUCGUCCCAUCUACAGUAGGCGCAUAUUCUCCUAGUUCUUGUGAAGAAAGGAGUGGAGGCUUAGACCGACCAUCCGUUAGUCUUCAAAAGAUGAUCGAUGUGACAAACAAGAUGCUUAAAUUCCACGAAGAGGAAACACAAAGAAACCACGGUACUUUAUUUCUCAGUGCUGAUUUGUCUGUUAUUCAUAGAAGUCAUGCUCUCCUGAAUAUUGCGAGCGCUCUUAGCCACUCGAUUCAUACGACAAUCGAAAAUGUGAAAGAAGGCAAACUAUCCGACAAUGAAAUCGUAACUCUGGCCACGGCUCUCUCUCAGACCAUGUUAGAUGGCGGGGCUGAGAACGUCCUCUCAACUGCUUCAGUUGACGCGUCAAUAGAAGAUUUCAUCGUCGUGAUGCUAGAAGAAAAGAAACGCGAAAUAGAAGAGAAUGGGUUGGACUCGAUAAGUAUCGCAAAUGCUACAGAUCGCUUACUUGGAAUACAAGUAAAGGACAAGGAUGUGGCAGAAAGGAGUGGAAGCGUUUCUUCCGUUUCAUCAGAAAAAAUUGCUGAUUUUGUUCACAAUAUUUUGCUGAAUAUUGCAAGCAGUCUCUCCCAGAUGGACGUAAUGAAUGGUAAUCCUGUGGGAGGCGCAUUUGCCGAAGAAAUUGAAAAAAGUGAAUCGGUUGAAACACAGCAUUCAGGAACCGGAAGUAUAAGUAAACAAAAUAUCAACCCAAAUGCAGUUCUUCCGAGAAUCAACAAAGGAUCCAGUAGCUCGCACAUCAUCCCAACAAAGAUGGAACGUUUCACGGAAGUUGGCCAACCGACCGCGUCAGUGUUAGAAAAGGAAGUAAAGGUUGCGAACAUGCCACAAGAACACCGCCCUCAGAAGGAUAAACGCACUGUAUGUAAAAACCAAUCUAAAACUGAAAGAACAAAACAGAAUCCCAAACAGACAGAACCUACAAGCUUUUCAAGAAAAGUGACGGGAUACCAAUCAUUAGAUCCGACAAAGAAAGAAAGCGGCCAAGUUUCAACUCCUAUCAACAGGCGACCUUCGGUUCAAUCAGUUCGCACUUUACAAAAAACGCCGCAAAGCAAAUGUGGACGACAUGCGACUCAAACCAAGGUUUCAACUGUGAAGUCUGUCCAACCUUUACACAACAACACACACAAGCAAACACUUCCUACGCUGUCUCCAGUUUUGGAUAAACAAUCCCAACAGCAUUCGCCGGUAGUCGUUAAAGGGAAAAAGCCACGUACAGACGGAAAGUCAAAUCAGAAUGUGACGAAAGGCCAUGUUCAAGAUCGCUUGAAACCACAAAGAGGUGUGCCAACCAUUCAAACGCAGACGAGAGAUCCCAAACAUGGCACAAUUAGCAGGCCCGCUCAGAAGAAAAACGACGUGGUAUCUGAGGACUGCAGGUUUAAAGGACAGGGAGACAAGAAAACAAGCAAAACGUCAACACUUGAAACGCUAGCGGCUGAUAUUCCAGCACCACUGAAUCUUGUGCCUUAUUCUCCUCCCGUCGACAAAAGGCCUAUCCCCAUGGAGGUGCAGUCAAUUUGUGGUUCGCACAAAACGAGGAUCCGAGUUAUUAAGGAUAACGGUAAUGUGUAAACGGAAAGUGACUAGUUUUACGACAUAACAUAGUCGUUCAAUUUUUUUUCUUUCAAAUGUCUGUUGGAAAAACGAGUAUUAGACAACUGAAUAUCAGUCUGUAGAAGGAUAUAUCUUUGAUAACGAUUUUAGUAAGAAGGUUUAAUAAAAAUCAUUUUGAUGGUUUUAAUAUUGCACAAUUUGAUGGAACUUUAUACAUGAGUUUGUCCUUAGUAAUACGUAUUUAGUCUGACUUUUAUCAGAUUCAUAUAACUGACCCAAAAAUAUUUGAUAUAGUUGAAAAUAAAAAAGUUGUGUUUAAUGAA